UGAACAGAGAUUACAAGAAAAUUAUUUUUCAUUCUAAUGUAAAAUUCUCUCAAAAUUAAACAUACUACUGAUUAACAAUGACACAAACAAGUGGCAUUUAUGAUUAUUUUUACCAUUAAUUCUGUAUUAUGUAAAUUUACAACAAAACAAAACAAGGAACGUUUAAUCACACAUUGAUAUACUUCUUUUUUGGAAAGUAAACAAAAGUCAGUAUACUUUUUAAAGUAACGAGAAAUAAGUAACUGAACUUGUUAUUUGGCUAAACAACUAUGUUUUUAGUAUUUUUCAACCUAUGAUUGUCACUGAUAAUUAAUUAAUGAAAUAGCGGAUAAAUGUCAAAAGCUAGACAACAUUGGCGUCGUCGCGCUAACCCGUCAUUCUAUAUGAUUACAAAUGAAGAAGUUGGAGAUAACCACAGACAUUCAUCAAACAUAGAACAUGACAGAAGUCUUGGUGAUUUAAUAAAUUUAUCUGAGCAAAUUGACAGUGGUGGAAACAAAAAUAUUUGCAAACAAAGUUCUGAACCUCAUUUAUCAAAAUCUGAUGAAUUAAUCAAAUCUGAAUCAAGAAGUAGUAUUGACCAAUCAAAAUCAUCCAAAUAUAUUCCACAUUCCCACACGACUACAACAAUAACCAAUCAAAAUGAAGGAAUGGAAUCUGAAAAAUUAACUUAUCCAAAACAUUCAUUAUCAUCUAAUCAAAUAAACUAUAGUAGUAAUAAACAUAAAAGUGAUGAUGAUAUUAACGACAAUAAUACUCCUACUGAUUCUCCUUUAAUUACUACUUCACAGGAAUUAUUCACUUAUGUUAGUAAUAAUGAACAUUGCAAUGUAAAUAAAUCAGUUCAGGAUAAUAGUGGCUGUAUAAACUGUGAUAGUAAUCAAGAAAUUCAGCCGCCACAAACAAGAUGGAAUAAUUCACGUAAUUUUCUUACACAUACACCUAACCGAGUCCAUUUCACCUUUUCAAAAAGUAUUGAUGUUGAUGAUGAUAAUCAUACAUCUUUACGGGGAUUAUUUAAUAAAACAUUUCGUCCAAAUUUACGACGAGCAAUAUCCGAGGUAAAAGAUGUAUACAGCCCAGACAAUACGGAAGGUUCACUAACUGAAAAGCAUUCACAACAGCAACAACAAAAUCAUUCACAUCGUAGUCAAAAUAAAUUACAUCGUCAUCUUCAACAGCAUCUUCAUAAUAAAAAAUUAAUAUCCCAUCCGGCAUCACGCAGUCACCAGCAAUCUGCUCAACCCUUAAAUUAUCAUACUGCUACCAACCAGCCAUAUCUACAACCUUACAGAAUAAAUGAAUUCACAAAUACAUUUGAACAAGUGUACAAUACUCCACAACAAUUUGAUAGUAGUAUAUUAGAGAUUCCGGUAGAUAUGUAUGGUGAAAGUAUGUCAGAUGAUGCAUUUUCAAGAAAAAAUUGGCCUUCUUGUGAUUUUAGUCAAAUAGAUUCUGAGCAUUCAAUACAUUCAGGAAAAUUUCAUGAAAUGACGACUAGUGACACUUUUAAAGAAAGAGACUUACUUUUGAAUAAAAAUAUAGCAAAUAAUAAUGAAACAAAUGUUGUAGUACAUUCUGUGCCUAAAAGAUCUAAUCGUUUGAAUGCAGUUAGACGAAUGAACACAACUGCAGUAGAACAGCAUCACCCGUUCAGUAAUAAUGAUCGAUUUAAUUUUAGAAAGCAGACUAAACAACAACCGAGUAGCUCAAAAACUGAAAACUGUCCAUGUAUUAAUAAAAAAUAUACACAUGGAACAUUAAGUCAGGAUAAUAUCAAUGCAUCUGCAUACAAACUUUUAGAUUCCUCUUCUAUAGAAUUGGGAUCGGACUCUAUGCAAUCACGUCCGGUUCCAGCAACAACUCUUUAUCGUUCUUCUUCAAGUGGCACACGUAAUCCCGAAUGCAUAAAUGAUAUUGGCGUUGAACAAACGCUUAUCAAUACAGGAGUAGGUGCUUCUAACUCUCCUAUAACAUUAGCUGAUAAGAGUACUUUUACGUCGAGUAUUAAUACUUCUACAAUGAUAAUUCUACAAAACAAUACAACACCCACAACACCGACAACAACAGCUAUUACCGCUUUAGCUAAUGGUAAUGUAAAUGAAUCAACUGUAGAUCCAUUAAAACAAAGUACAUCAAGUUAUUUAAAGGAACAAUUUCAAGCUUUUUUUCAACCGUCCGAUAAUAAAUUAGCGAUGAAAUUGUUUGGAAGUAAAAAUGCACUACUUAAAGAGAAACGACGUCAAGUACAACAAGGAAAAUGGGUAAUACAUCCUUGUAGUAAUUUCAGGUUUUAUUGGGACUUGCUAAUGCUCAUGUUACUGAUUGCAAAUUUGAUUAUUUUGCCAGUAGCCAUAUCAUUUUUUAAUGACGAUCUCAGUAUACAUUGGAUCAUAUUUAAUUCUAUAUCCGAUGUUGUAUUUAUUGCCGAUAUAGCUGUAAAGUUUCGAACUGGUAUUGUCACAAAUGAUUAUGCUGAUGAAAUUAUUUUAAAUCCUAGAGAAAUAGCACGUCAUUAUUUAAAAUCAUGGUUUAUAUUAGAUUUUAUCAGUUCAAUUCCAAUGGAUUAUUUGUAUUUAAUAUUUAAUAAAAAAGAUCAUUAUAAUCAAUUUUUCAGUGCAGGACGUACUUUGAGAAUUUUACGUUUGGCUAAAUUACUAAGCAUGUUACGCUUAUUAAGGCUUACUCGUUUAGUACGAUAUGUCAGUCAAUGGGAAGAAUUUUUAAAUAUUGCAAGCAAAUUUAUGGGAAUAUUCAAUUUGGUUUUAUUAAUGUUAUUACUUGGACAUUGGAAUGCAUGUUUACAAUAUUUAAUUCCUAUGCUUAUGGAUUUUCCUCCAGAUUCAUGGGUAAAACGUUGUAAAUUAGAAAAUGCAGAUUGGUUCCAACAAUAUACAUGGGCAUUGUUCAAAGCUAUGUCACAUAUGCUUUCCAUUGGUUAUGGUCGUUUUCCUCCUACAAGUAUUGGCGAAGCAUGGAUUACAAUUGUUAGCAUGAUGAGUGGUGCAACUUGUUAUGCAUUAUUUGUCGGUCAUGCUGCAGCGUUAAUUCAGUCAUUCGAUACGUCUAAAAGACUAUAUAGGGAAAAGUUUAAACAAGUUGAAGAAUAUAUGGCUUAUCGUAAGCUUCCAAGAGCAUUACGUCAAAGAAUAGCAAAUUAUUACGAACAUCGAUAUCAGGGAAAAAUGUUUGAUGAGGCACAAAUAUUGAAUGAGUUUUCUGAAUGUCUAAGAGAACAAGUUAUCAAUUAUAAUUGUCGUGCCUUAGUUGCAGCUGUUCCAUUUUUUACAUAUGCUGAUCAAGAUUUUGUCUCAGAAGUUGUUACAAAAUUAAAAUUUGAAGUAUUUCAACCUGGUGAUUUAAUAAUUAAAGAAGGAACAAUCGGUAAUAAAAUGUAUUUUAUUCAAGAAGGUAUUGUUGAUAUUAUAACCAAAGAUGGUGAAGUUGCAACAAGUCUUUCAGAUGGAUCAUAUUUUGGAGAAAUUACAUUAUUAACUAAUACACGUCGUACAGCCAGUGUUAAAGCUGUCGUUUAUUCCAAUCUAUAUUCAUUGGAUCGAGAAAGUUUUCUAUCAGUAUUAGAAAAUUAUCCAUUAAUGCGACGUACUAUGGAAUCAGUAGCAGCUGAACGAUUAAAUAAAAUUGGUCAAAAUCCAUCGAUUGUUAGUAAUCGUGAAGAUUUAAAAGAAGAUUUAAGUUUAGUUAAAGAAAUUGUCAGUUCAGCUGUUACACCAGAAGAUAGUUCUAGUGGACCUGAAACAGAAAAUGAAGAAAAUCAAGCUCAUUUAAAUCUAAAACAAUUAUUAAAAUUUCGUAAACGUAAACCAUCUAAUCGUAAUAAAUUAUUUGAUAACACUGUGACAAAGUUAGGUCAAACAAAUGAAGAAGAUGAAACAUUACAAGAUACUGAACGUAAAUCAUCAUUUGUUGAAAUUACAUCUGUAGAUAAAUUGAAAUUACCUAAAUUUAUGCGACAAAAACGUAGUGCAUCAAAUGUUUUUACAAAUCUAACACAAAAUUUACCAAAUUUAUCAAAAUCUAAAAUUAUACCAGAAAAUUCCAAUGAACGUGAAAUCAAUAAAUGUAAAGAAUCAGAUUUACAACCAUCAGAAAAGGAUAGUUCAAAUACAAAUGUAACAAAUUUAGAGUCUAGUAAUUUAAAUCCCAACUGUACUACUAUCACUAUAACUAAUUAUAAUACUGAUGAUACUGAUAAUAAUAGUAAUACUAAAAUUAUCAAUAGUAAUACAGAUAUUAUUCAAAAAUUAUCUUCAAGUGAUAUUUCAGAUGUAGACUCCUGUAAACACUAACAUGUAAAAUCGCUCAUCUUGUGCAUUUAUAUAUAUAUAUAUAUAUAUAU